AUGACCCUUUCCAUCCCAAGCUUUCCGGCAUUCCCUUCUGGGAAAGUUAUGGGGAUGCCAUCGGACCACAGUCGUCCGCUCGCCCUCCACACUUUGAUAUCGGCGGAGAUUGGGGUAGAGCGGCGGAGGACUCUGGAAAUGGAAAGCGAAUACGCCCGUCUCACCGAUCUCAUCCGCUCUCGCGCUCGCUCCCAUCCCAAAAAGCGACUCCUCGUUGCCAUUGCUGGAGCGCCUGGAUCAGGAAAGACCACUAUCGCCAAGGAGGUUGUUCGACGACUGAAUGCGUCGUCGUCAUCGCCCACAGUCAAUGGCACGUCUACUGUCAAUGGCACAUCGGCCGCUCUACAGACACACACGGCCGUCCUCGUCUCCAUGGACGGCUUCCAUCUCCCCCGCGCCACGCUCGACCAGCUGCCCAACCGCGAGGAGGCCUACAUCCGGCGCGGGGCGCCCUGGACGUUUGACGUGGAGCGCUUUGUAGCGUUCAUGAGGGAGCUGCGUGCAUGGGCAGACGACGACGAUGAGCAAGACGAACAGAAGAAGAAUAAUUCCGUGAUAUACGCGCCCUCCUUCGACCACGAAGCCAAAGACCCGGUCGAGAAGGGUCUGCAGAUCCCGUCCUCGGCAGAAAUCCUCAUCAUCGAGGGGAACUACCUCCUCCUGGACGAGCCGCGGUGGAGGGACGUCGCGGGCCUGGUGGACUACCGCGUGUUCGUGGACGCGGAUCUGAACGAGACGCGCGAACGAGUGGCUCGGAGACAUGUCCGGGCGGGCAUUGAGAGGACGAUCGAGGACGGGUACCGCCGGGUGGACAGCAAUGAUCUGCUGAAUGGGAAGCUGGUCCGGCAGAAGCUGAUUGAGCCGGAUGUGGUGGUGAGGAGUGUGGAUGAUCCGGAGGAAAAGAAGGACUGA